CUCCCAACAGGAUUUCUGCUCCAAAAGCCCUGGGUUUCCUGCUCCCAGCUGGGAAAGGGGAGGGACUCCUGGCCUUGGGGCCCCCGCAAGCCAAGCUCUGCCUCCAGGGAGAAGGAGGAGGAAGGGCUCUGUCCACACAGCGCUUGCCAGGCUCCAUGUCCCAUUUCGGGGCUCGUCAGGAAGGACGGACACCAUCGUCCUCAUCGGAGGUGGAUGAAGAACACGGCUUUUGGGUACCAAGUCAGGAAGGGGGGAUUUAGUCUCUGGAGCAAAUGAAAAGACGAUUCCUCUUUGCAAUCGACUGGUUUGGGAUUUUCCAGCAUGCGGCAGCAAGGAGGGGAAAGGAAGGAGGAUGAGCCAGAGGCUCCGGCAGCAGGGAAGAGCCCAGGUGCCAAAGCUGCUGACAGAGGGUGGGCGUGGGGCGUGGUGUUUCACUUCUUCUUGGUCAACGUCCUCGUGAUAGGGAUGCUCAAGACCUUUGGGAUUUUCUUUGUGGCUUUCCAAGAGGAGGUCGGGGGCUCCUCUGAGCAAGUCAGCUGGAUCGGCUCCAUCAUGUCCUCCCUGCGCUUCUUAGGAGCGCCGCUCGUGGCCGUGGUCUGCAGGAGGUUGGGAGAGCGGACAACCUCCAUCCUCGGGGCCAGCUUGGUGGGAGGGGGCUGCCUGCUCAGCACGCAGGCCACCAGCGUCCCCUUCCUCUGCGUCUCCAUGGGACUUCUCCUGGGAAUGGGCUUCGCUUGCCUUUACCAAGCAGCUGCAGUGAUGACAGCCAAGCGCUGCAGGACACGUCUGGCUUUCUCCAACGCCAUCGCCCGCUCCGGGAUGGGGCUGACAUUUCUAAUUGCGCCGUUCACGCAACUUCUCAUUGAUUUUUAUGGCUGGCAAGGUACUCUCCUGAUUUUUGGAGGCAUCAUGUUAAACCUCGUACCCUCCAGCAUGCUGCUGAGCUCCAUCAGCACCCAACUUCCUCCACGCUCCUCUGCCAAAAAUCACGACCGUAGGUCUCUAAAAGCAAAGAAGGAUUCACAAACUGUCACUGGAUGUUUAGAUGAAACCACCCACAGCGAAAUACAGCUUUGCAGUGCACAGGACCUUCCCACCACAGAGGGACACCCGAUGUCCCAUGGCAGAGAUGUCUCUGGUCCAGUGAAUACAUCUGCUUUGGGAGAGCUUGAGAAAUCGCCUGUAGCCAGCUGCUUGCCAGGAACAGCCACCAAGGCCAAGAGAAGCUACAAACCCCUUCCACCGAUGGAAAAAGAGAAAUCACAACCUCUCUUUGACUUCUCCCCACUGAAGGAUCCCGUCUUCUGCAUUUUCACGUGGUCUUUUUUGUUCAGCCACUUGGCCUACUUUGUGCCCAUGUUCCACCUGGUGGCAAGAGCCAGGACGCUGGGCAUAAACAGCAUGGAUGCCUCGUACCUCAUUUCAGUGGCUGGCAUCACGGAGAUGGUCAGCCAGCUGCUCUCAGGCUGGAUUGCUGACCAGAACUGGACCAAGAAGUAUCACUACCACAUGGCUUACCUUGUCCUCAGCGGCAUCACUAACCUGCUCUGUCCGCUGGCCACCACCUUCCCGCUGCUCAUGACCUACGCGGUGGCCUUCGCUGUGUUCUGCGGUGGGUUCAUGGCGCUGGUCCUCCCUGUGCUGGUGGACCUCGUGGGUGUGCAAAAACUCCACAGCUACCUGGGGUUUGCUGCCUUCUUUGCUGGGAUAGCAGCCAUCGGAGGACCUCCUCUAGCAGGGUGGCUGUAUGACUACACCCAGACAUAUGUCUGCUCCUUCCUCUUCGCUGGAGCCUGUGCUCUCAUCUCACCCAUUUCCUUCUUCUUUGAGCCUUCGGCCCAGAAAUGGAAGCUUCAAAAAGCCAAACUGAACAACAGCUCCGGGCUUGGCUGAAGCGAUUCUGCAAGGAAUUUUCAUGGAUGGUCUUUGAUUGCAUCCAUGGCUGGAAAGCAAUCGCCAACAUAGACCUUCCAUACCAGGAAAUAUAAACAGCAGCAAAAAUGAAAACAGGGAUUUUUAGAUGCUAAAUUCACAGUUUGGACAUUGAGAUAUUUCUCCUGUGAUUAAAGCCCGUUGAGAAAUAUGUUGUGUAGAGCAUUAUUUGAUGGGGAAAAAACAGGUCCCAUGGACAUGGGCUUUGUUUUGACUUUGCUCCUGAGUCGUGUUUUUCUAUAUAUCAGAUUUAUGCCCGCUGUGUUCAGUCCGACAGCUCAGCGUCAGACGCAGAGCUGCCCCUCCAGCUCCCCCAGGCUCCCCGAGAGAGCGAAGCUGACUCACCUCUUGGGC